AUGGGAGUGACGGCUCUGGUGAAGGUGCCAGUUCUGAAUGAGUGGAGUGGGUGUAAAAUGGAGACCUGUCUACGGCAUAUGUAUCGCGUGCGCAAUUUUCUUACUGUAUGCAUCUACUUUUUCACCAUACUCGUCUUUAUCAUCACCGUGCUUUUGAUUCGAAGGGCCCAAGCCUUUUCCGAUUCCUUCCGCUCAAGAGAGUCAACCUCAUCAGAUGGCAGAAAACCAAGAAGCGGUUUCGCCAGAGCGAGAUUCCCGCUAUGGAAGCUCGGCUUGAACAUCCUCACCUUUUCCGUCUUAUAUGUAUUCUAUGUUGUCUGGUGUGUCGGCCUGGUGCUCAACACCGACCAGUGCUACUUUCAAAGGAAUUACGCUGAAAUGAUGCGAAUUUUGGGAUGUGUCCGUGUCACUUUGGUGCUGAGGAUUUGCCUUGAUCCGAUUCUUUCGUUUUUCACGGAUUUCCAGCUACGGCGCUGCUUCCUACAAAUGAUCGGUGUAAAACACAAAAUUUCGUUCACGACCCCGUCCGCGAUAAUGAAAAAAGACAUGCUGACCGACGAGCAAACAGACGCCACCGAAAAUUCAGACGCUCGCAUGUCUACAAAGCGACUAUCACGAACAACUUCGGCCACGCUACCCACUAGUAGCUCGGUGAAAACAAUUUGC